AUGAGGGGGUGGUUGCUCGCGUUUGUUUGUGUGGCCGUCUCAGCAGUCGCGCAGGUGGCUGCAUCUCCAGCAGUCCUGUUCCUGGAUCAAACUAAAGGCUCUUACUUCAACCGCGCCUCUGGAUCUGCAGAGUUAGCGGCUCUUUCAACGACUGCAACAGUUGCAGCCACCGCUGCUUUGCUUGGUGUGUCUGUUCCUCCCAACAGUGUAGCUGACAUUUCUGCUCAGUUGAAUUCGUUGCUGAUUCCGGAUCCUUUCAAUCGUCCCCGAUCAGUUUUCCUCCUCAAUCUUCCAGGAGUUGAUUCUUCCGUGUACAGCAAUGUCACAACUGGUUCAGUGCAAGUGGUACAGUCCCGCGUGCUUGCACCCACCUCGGGGGUGGUUGCUGAAUAUGUGGCUGAUGAGCUCGAAGCAGAGAUGAUCGCUCUUUACAGAUCUGCCAGGUUGGAAGGAUUGAAGGUGGAUGUUGCUACCUGCGGUUGGAGAAACGCUGAUCUGGACUUCGCGGUUGAGAGCGCUGUUGCUGCCUCGCCCUGUGACGACGUUUGCCUUGAGCUCCUGAUGUCUCCGGCAUCAGUAGGGGAUGAGGCGUCGCAGCAGCUGCGCGGUGUUCUGAACACUGCUUUGGAUGCCAAUAAGGAUGCUGAUUCCAACUUUUUGGCGAAUCUGGCAUGUGUUGUAAGAGCCAUGCGCUCUGCCAGCUACGAUUCGGCAGAAUUGGCUGCUCAUCCGCAUCUGCUCGUUGCAUCUCUCGCAGGGUUUCAGGAGAAACAGGACCCUCAGUUUGCAUCCGCACGCUUGUCUUUCGUCAUUGCUACUAUUUCUGCCCACAUGUCUUCUCUCCGAUUAUCAAACAAGGGAUCAGUAGUUGCAGAAGUGGUGCUGGCGGGAGCUUCUUCAGCGCAGGCAGCGCCACAUCUGUUGCUGCAGCAGGUUGUAUUGUCGGGAGAUCAGCGUCCAGGAGCUCGUCAGCUCCGGGGUGUGGUGGCUGCCUCCCAGAUCGCACAGGCACAGGGGUUGGAGACCCCUGCUGAAGUCCAAUCAACCGCCAUCCUCGUUGCAACUGUCAUUCUGCUGAUUGCUUCACUGGUCCUCGCUACUGGCUACCUCUUCAACAUGCCCCUCACCCGUGACACCCUCUUGUACUCUGGUGGGCCGAAGAUUGAUUGA